AGCAUGUCGCAGCAGACAUCAUGGGUGGACAGCGACUCCAGUUGGAGAUAUCUGAAGAUGCGAUCGGAGCACAGGGCUCACGUGGCUGCCUUUUUUGGUGAGCUUGCUGGCACGGCGACAUUCAUAUUUGUGGCCUGCAUGGGCUGUGUGACUUCACCCGUGUUCUACAACACUCACUUUGAGCUGAGCCUGAACUUUGGCCUCGGCAUUAUGAUUGCCAUACAGAGCUUUGGCUCCAUUUCCGGCGCCCAUCUCAAUCCGGCCGUUACUCUAGCUGCUUGGAUCUUUGGUGCAUUGAGUUGGCCCAUGGCUAUUGCGUAUUUGGUUGCACAGGUGGCUGGAGGUCUCAUUGGCUACGGUCUGCUGAAGGCAGUGCUGCCUUUGAAUGCCAUCGUCAGUGUGGACAAUCCGGCGGGUGUCUGUGUCACAGUUCUCAAUAGUGAUAUAUCUGUGCUGCAGGGUGUCUUCAUUGAAUUCUUAAUUACCAGCUGUUUGGUGAUGGUCGCCUGCUCGAUCUGGGAUCCUCGCAAUGCCAGACUUAAGGAUUCAGUGCCACUGCGCUUUGGUCUGACAGUCUCCAGUCUUAACUUGGCCGCGGGCCUUUUCACCGGAUCCAGCAUGAAUCCGACACGUUCCCUGGGACCGGCUGUGUGGAACGAUUCGUGGCAAGAUCAUUGGAUCUACUGGGUGGGUCCACUUGCGGGUGCAGCAGUCACUGCAAUCAUCUAUCGACUCUUCUUCAAGGGGCGCCCUGCAGAAGUGGUUGAGCUACAAACCUCAAAUGCCAAAAUACAGUUCGUCGAAUAAAUCCAUGCCUAAGGUUAUGGUGGUUAUACUGCAGUUACCCAAUUAGUUGUAAUCAAAGAUUAAGUUUAAUAAAUAAAACUAUACAAGAACUUUGUUUCUAAAUUUAGAAACUGCUUUUAAAAA